UAUCAAGCUUGUGCCGUUCUAGCUUUUACGCUGCUUGGGCUGCAUUGGUUUGCUUUCGCCGAGAUGGGAAAAUGCCGGUUCUUUAAAACUGCAGCUCGACAGUUGGCGGGAACAUGCCCAGCGGAAGCCAGAUUUUUACUAUGGACACUCAGCAACAUAGAAGGCAAAAAUGAGCAUCCUAUAAAUCAGGUGUGCUACUACUGUUUCCAGUUUUUUUUUCCUAAUAACUAUAGAAUGCGUCUGUUACCCAAAAUGAAAAUAACACCAAGGAUAGAAAAAAUACUUCAUCUGGAAAAAAAAAACUACAGACUUAGUUUAAAGCAAACAAAGCUCUUGAGGAAGUACAAGGAAUCAAAGAAUGCCCUGCUAAUUACCUGCAAUUCGUGCAAAAAAACAAUAAGGCAUUAUGGAACAAGUAAAGAGGAAUACAGCUUAAAAACACCAAAUUUGAAGUUAUUGUCAAACGGAAGUACACCUCUUAUCCAUAAGAACUUAUCCAUAAGAUCCAAAAGAGGCCUCAGAACUACCACAGUUGGAUUAUCCAUACAUCAUUUCUCUAGGAUACAAAAUAAAGCCAAAAUCCUUUCCAGUCAAUUAAGAAAAAUGCUUAACUUUGAAGAAGAUAAAAGCAAAAGAGGAAACCUGAAGAAUUUCUUAAUGUCACUUUAAAAACUUAAAAUAAGUAAGAACCUAUAAUUACAAUUGUACUACAUAAAACUAUAUUAUACUAUGGGAAAUACAGCAUGAACAAAUAUGUAUACAUUGCCCUGGAGAUCAAAAAUGUUUUGGGUGAUAAGAUAAAUUAGGUACCCACACCACCAUAAAGAACGAAAAUGGGAAAAAAAUAUUUUAAUACUGCUUCUGACAAAUUAUGAAAGAGAACAAUGAAAUUACUCACUUUUAAGUAAGUCUGGGCUGAUGCUGUUUUCCCACUUGAAUUAUUUCUAACAUUUGAAUAGUUUGCUAUUACCACUUACUGUAUAGUCUUCAAAAUAUAUCCUCAAAAUAAAAUUGGUCUGAACUUAAAACUCA